AUGUCUCGGCUUCAACUCACUUGGGAAGCUUUUCAGGUGUGGGCCGCUGCUCGCCCCUCGCUUUGCUUCCAGAUAGAUGGGACACACGAUGACAACGGCAACUGGCUGAGCUGUUCUGGGGGGGUCUUCGCACUCCCUAUACGGAAGCCGUUCUGGCUAAAGCUGAUCGUCGGAGAUCUGAAGGAAUGUGACAUUGACGUGUCCAUGUUCCCGCGUAUCGCUGAUGGCGAAGAUGAAAAGGAUUACACAAUCAUUGGACCUGAACUGGUUGGCUUCCACUUUGUGCAGCUCGAGAAGAGCCUAGCCGUCUGCGGAAGAGCAGUUGAGCCCGAUGACAUUCCUUUCUGUAACAAGGCCCUUGACCGUUUAUGGCCGAUCCUAAAGGACUUGCAUUGGAGAAUAAGCGGGUGUUCUGGUGACUGA